AUGGAUUUUGGGGGUUGUUAUCCUACAUUAUGGCCCAAGCGGUGGGUGGAUCUAACCGAGAAGUGGAAUCAGUUUUCCUGUCCUACGCAGUGCCUAAGCCUUGCCUCGUUUAUUUGUUGGACUCUCUGGAAAUGUCGAAAUGAUCUUCUCUUUAAUCAUCGUCGUUGGGAUCCGUUUGAGGCCUCUCAAAAAGCUCUUACGGAUUUUUUUGAAUUUCAGGAGAUCCAUCGGCAGUCUCAGUUACUUUCUUUCCUGCCUUCGUUAUCCCCAACGUUUCAACAUCCUUUAAAAUGGAGCCCUCCACCUAUGGGGUUUUUCAAACUUAACAUUGAUGCGGCUUUUAAUCCAGCUCGUCCUUCUCAGACUGAAGGCCUUGUCCUCCGUGAAAGUCUUUCACUAAUCCAUCUUUGGGGCUAUUCAAAUGUUAUUGUUGAAGGGGAUUGCCAGCCAGUGAUGAAGCUUAAAUCUUCAAUUGAGUCCUUAUAUGUUGUUUUUGCUGAUGUAUCUCAUCUUCUCUCUGUAUGUAAGGGAUCUUCUUUGGCAUGGGCUCCUAGGAGUGUCAAUGGUGUAGCUCAUUUAGUGAGCAAAUCGGCUUCGUUGGUUGAGAGUGGUGAUCUGGAGUGGAGUGUUUGGCCUAAAUGGCUUCUGGAUGCUCUUUCUCUUGACUGUAAUUUUGCUUUUUCUCAAUAA